CCCAUCCACCACCUCCCUUACUGGAUCAAACAUCUCUCCAAUCCCCUCCCUCACCGCUCCGAUAUAACUGCUGCAAACGAGGAAAAGGGAAAUAAACAAACAGAGGGGUAAAUCGUUUCAUUGACUUUUGCCUGCCUUCCCCCUCAACUCGCUUCGAAAAUGAAUGCUUUUCGCCCACCGUCGCGUCGGAUCACCUCUCCGGCCCCUUCCUCCUCCGCUUGGACAUUGUCCUCCAAUCGUUCUACCCUAAGCUCGUUUCUCGACGAGGAAUAUGGCUACUACGAAUCGAUGGGUGGAAUAACUAGCGGUUAUUCUGAACUAUCCAUGUCCUCACAACUAUCGUCAUCGUCCAUAGAAGUCCAUUCCUAUUCUGGUCCGUCCAUCUCGCCGCUCUACGCUUCCACAAAAUCCUCAGCCGGCGGGUUGCGCGGGCCAGGUUCAACGACCGCUGGUGUGAAAGGGAACGAACAGACCGGAAUCCCGUCAGAUAUUCUCCCGCGUUUGCAAGUCCUUCUCAAGAACCAAGUUCUGGUGUUUCUGGAGGGGGUCGAAUAUGACGACCUGCCUCUCGGAGCGAUGCUUCAUAAACACUCGUACAAACUCGCCGCCCGUAAUGAUGAGAUACUAGAGGAGGUUCGCCAGGAAGGUCGCGCAGUGACCAGCGAGAAAGCUCACCUCCGAUAUUUCAAAGGACUUUAUCGGGUCAUACGGAGGUCACAGUUCUCAGGUGUUGGAGGAAAGCUUUGGGGAUUGUGGAAACUCGAGACUGUUAUCGCCGAAGCCUACAGAAGGUCCGGUAUUGAUCCGGCUAUCUAUGGUUACCCGAGAUUGAGGAGUAGUGGAGGCCAUGACGACGAUAUGGAUGACGGCGAAGCUGACUUGGGUAGUGAUGAGGAUGGGGAUGACGAUCUAGAUUUUUUUGACAUUCAAGACGAAACAGAUGACACCGAUGAUCCUUUUGAUUCAGAUGAUACGGAUGAUACGGACGACAUGGACCACGAAGAAGGCCACCCAAUGAUAAAUGCGGGCGGCAUAGGUAAAGGACCAGUAUACGGUCCUCAAUUUGAACGGCUCUCAGAGCGAAGCUUGACGUUACUUCUCGACCUAUUGAGAGAGUUCGCUCUUAAUCGCUACCUUCUUGCCGCCUAUAAAUCUAUACUCGAGCAUGAGCUUUCGCGGCCCGAUGAGAUUUCUGAAUUAUUUGCACCGAAAAAACUUGUUAAUUCUCCCGCUGCCGUUCGUGCGGUACGGGUGAAAGAGGCAUGUAUCAUCUCUUAUAUGCAGUCUUUGACUUUCCUUUACAAAUUACAACUGCUGGUUGAGUACGAACGAAAGGAUCCCGAAGGGUACUGGGACAAGGACUUCGAACACCCCGAUCAUGAAGAUGAGCCCUUGUCCCUACUCUGGUCGAAAAGUAUGAUGACCAUGGUGAUGACCCAUUUCCAUCGGGAAGAGUCUGAUAGUGAGAGGUACCGGCAUCGGCAUGGUUUGUACCAUGGUCAUUACCAGGAGGAUUGGUCAUACAAACUUAUGUAUAUGACCAACUACUUGCAUUUUGCCGAGGCUACAGUUCACGAUUGGUUUGCUGACCCCGACGCACAAGAAUGGGAGGAGCAUGAGAAGCAAGUGAAGGCAGACGAUAGAUGUCGUUGGUUUUCUGAGUUUGGGGGGCGGCUGUAUUUAAUGCCUUCUACUAAGAUGUACGGCAGUCGUGCUGCGAUAGUAGAAUGGAUGGAGGGUUUUGAGGAGGAGCAGGUCCUAGAUACUUCUGUUAGCGAGCUUGAAGCAAAAGCCCUGGCGGGCGAAUACUUCAGGUUUGUUGAUAUGAGACCUGAGUGGGAAGAUGCGGCUACAACCCUAAUAAAGCGCUAUGGCGGGGCUAUCGACAUCGGCCAGGGAGAUGACGAUAAGCCUGUUACUACGAUCCUACGUCCGGGACAAGAGGAUCCGGUUAAGUGCGAUAGGAGCGUAGACUACAAUCAUAUCAUGGACUAUAUCCACCGCAAGAUAGUCCAAACUAGGUUUUCCCAUGUAGAUAAGAAAGCGUUGAAGAACGUGGUUUUCUCUUUUCGAGGGAUCUUACCGACCCUCACUCGUGGGGAUAUGAGGGAACUGGUUCACAUCUAUGGCGGGUUCGUCGAGGAAAAUCUCACCUCUCGAAUUGAUUACACGGUUGUCGGAUCCAGGAAUCCAUUAGACAACCCGCAGGUCUGGAGCCGGGAGAUGAAAAUAAUCGAACAACUAGGAAUCCGCAAAAUCGACGAAGACGGCUUUGCCGAGCUUCUGCUGAAGAGCCAGUCCUGGCUUAGGAACGGCAAGAGGAAGGCAGCCAACGGGUCAGCGGUUGGGGAGGUUUUCAAGCCCACUUCUAAAAGAAGAAGAUUGGCGACAUCUCUAUCAUUACCAUCACCGGAUCCCGCUUUCUAGAUACGUUUGGUCUUUAUAGGCAUCUCUCCCACCCUCCCUUUUUUUAUCGUCAUUUUGCCUCUCCUUCCCCACCUGUUGGAUGUAGACCGGUUCGGAGUUAUUUGCUAUUUUAUUGCAUUUGAGGGCUUAUGGAUUUCUUUCUUUAUUCCUUCCUUGUACUGGUUUCUUAGGGCUUUGGAGGGUCUGGGUAACGAUUUACGGGUCAAUGUAUUAUCUUCAGUGGAUCGGAAUGAAAAUUGCUUCUAUUCGUUGCUGGUUAGCUUUUA